AUGACAUGGAGGCAAUUCAUAAACAAUGCCCUCAAGAAGUCUCACGGCCUUUUCGGUGAAGGUUGUGAAUUUUACUUUAUCAACCAGCAAAACACUACUGCAUAUAUCAAAGUCUUCCAUAAAGAUGCAGACAAGUUUUCGUCAGCAGUUUCCACGUUCAUCUCUGACGAAGAGUUAGUAGGGCUACCGCUUGUUGUACAUAUGAUACAGGCCACUAAAGCACUAGGAAAUUUACAAGUGGAGGACAGUGAUCUCAUUUGGUUGAAGAACGCUGUGCGUGAAGAAUCAGAAGAUGCAGAUUAUAUCUCGAGUUGA